GCAGGAAUUGAUGAUGAAGAACGACAAUGGUGACGACUAGGGUUUACAAGAAUCAAUGAUGAAGAAUGACAAUGAAAAAGGUGUGGUGAGGUUAUAGUGGUGCUUGGUGAUUGGCAGUAAACCCGACGGGGGCGGUGGUGGGUGGUGCAAUCUGAUUGUGGCGGUGGAUGGUUCUAAUCUGAUGGGGCCGGUGGUGGUGGGUGUUGCAAUCUGAUGGGGAUGGUGUCGAAAAUCACCGGCAUCCCUAAUUUCAUCAUCAAAACCAACGCAAAUCACCUGCAUCUUCAUCGGAGUUGGAGAAAUCUGGCGAGUCUGAUUAGUUCAGGGAAUUGCAGAUUGUAUAUUUGAAGAAAGAAGUCAUGGGAAGCACAUGCAUUUUCAUUGCUCUUUACAGAUCUAUGAUACGCCUCAAACGUUUUGCAGUUGCGUUUUACGGGAGUUCAUCUCGACCUCAGUUGGUUGCUCUGGUUGCGCAAGAGGAAAUCAUCGACGGUGGUGGUCAGAUUGAGCCGCCAGGAAUGCACAUUAUAUAUCUUCCGUAUUCAGAUGACAUAAGACCCAUUAAGAAACGAAGUAGGUGGCGACAGAGGUGGUGAUUGUGGGUUGGUGGUGGUUCUAUUAUGGUUUGGGUGGAUGAAUUUGAUUAAUUAGGGAGAAAAACUGGGUGGGUUUAAGGAGAAUUGAGGACUUGUAUUUAGAGUAUUUACAAAAAUUGUCCUUUAUAUGUAUAAAGACUAAACUACCCUCAAGUGACUUGCAUGUGACUAUAUUUAACAAGAAAAUCUAACCAGGCUGGGUGGAAAGGACAAAACUUGUAACAAAAUACCUACUAAAGGACAGCG